AUGUCAGAACAGUUCCCACAGCAGCGGCAGAUCACCAUGACUGAAGUGGUAGCAGGGAAGACUGUGGCAAGCGCUGAAAGAAUCAAGAGAGAAUGUGAGAGGGACUGGGAGGUGCAUCUUGUGUUGAUAGCAAGCCCCAAGCCUGAUGGAGAGGAGAGGUGUGAGUGGGACUGGGAGGUGCAUCUUGUGUUGAUAGCAAGCCCCAAGCCUGAUGGAGAGGAGAGGUGUGAGUGGGACUGGGAGGUGCAUCUUGUGUUGAUAGCAAGCCCCAAGCCUGAUGGAGAGGAGAGACUAAAUGGUCAACAAUGUGUUCUAUCUACCCAACCUACCAUGUCUGAACCAGGUUCUGGUUGUGGUGUUCCAGCCCAGAGAAGCUCACAGCGGGGUCCAAAGUUGCUGUCAGUGAAGCUGGGGGACUGCAGUCAAACAGUGGAACUCAAUGUGAUUGUGAAGGAGGAGGGCGAGGAGAGAGAAAUCAAUGAGCGGGAGGAGGAAGAGAGAGAGGAGGACAGGGCCUCUGUUGACUCAGGAGAGAUCCCCAACCCAGACUCAGUCAAGGAGCCCAGUUCCACAGCAUCAAGACUGCCUGGUUGUGGGAGUUACCCCUGUCCUCAAUGUGGGAACUGUUUCAGUCGAGCAGGAGACCUGAAGACUCAUCAGAGAUCGCACAGUGGAGAGAAGCCUGCCAGUACUUUCAAUGUGAUUGUCAAAGAGGAGGAGGAUGAAAAGGAAAUCUAUGAGACGGUAAAGAGAGAAGUUAAGGAAGAGCAGGAACCUAGUGGUGUAGUUGACCCAGAUACAUCAAGACUAUCUGGUCGUGGUCGAUUCCCCUGUCAUCAGUGUGUGAAAAGUUUCCGUUCCUCAGGUAAACUAAAGAAUCAUCAAAGAGUACACACUCGAGAGAAACCAUUUCACUGUGCCACAUGUGGGAAGAGGUUCCGUGAAAAAUUCAACCUCACGGGACAUGAGAAGGUACAUAGUGGGGAGAAGCCUUACCACUGCACCCAGUGUGGGAAAAGCUUCAAUCGUUCUGGAAGUCUUAAGGAACAUCAAAGAGUACAUACAGGGGAGAAGCCUUAUCACUGCUCUCUUUGUCAGAAGAGUUUUAGUCAGCCAGGAAAUCUUAGGAAACAUCAGAGAAUACAUACAGGGGAGAAGCCUUACCGUUGCUUUCUGUGCGGAAAUAGUUUUGGUUUCGCUGGAAACCUAAAGAAUCAUCAGAGAGCACACUGUGGAGAGAAGCCUUACCACUGCUCUCAGUGUGGGGAGGGAUUCCCUCAACUAAAAAGUCUUAAAAGCCAUCAGAAAAUACAUUUUGGAGAGACACAUGCCUGUACUUUCAAUGUGAUUGUCAAAGAGGAGAAGGAUGAGAAGGAAAUGAGAGAAGUUGAAGAGGAAGACAAUAGUGGUAUAGUUGACCCAGAUAUAUCAAGACUGCCUGAUCGUUACAUCUGUCCUCAAUGUGGAAAGAGUUUCAGUACCUCAAGUAAUCUUAAGAAUCAUCAAAGAGUACACACUGGAGAGAAACCUUUUCUCUGCUCUCAAUGUGGGAGGAGUUUCAGUGAGAAAGUAAACCUUAAGAGACACGAAAGAGUGCAUAGUGGAGAGAAGCCUUACCACUGCACCACAUGUGGGAAGAGCUUCAAUCAUUCAGGAAGCCUUACAAAUCAUCAGAGAAUUCAUACAGGGGAGAAACCUUUCCACUGCUCACUGUGCGGAAAUAAUUUCCGUUUUGCUGGAGACCUAAAGAAUCAUCAGAGAUCACACAGUGGAGAGAAGCCUUACCAAUGUUCUCAGUGUGGCGAGGGAUUCACUCAGCUAAGAAGUCUAAAAAGUCAUGAGAGAAUAUCCAUUGGAGGGAAGCCUGCCUGUGCUUUCAAUGUGAUUGUCCAAGAAGAGAAAUAAGUUGAGGGAGAGGAGAGUGAUAUGAAAUAAACAUGAAGUGAGGAUACAUAAGCUAGCAUAAGAUAGGUAUUGAUAUUCACACCUAUCCUUGCAAUGAUGUCUUAUGUGACAACAUGGUCAUGGACAGCACCAUUUAGGGCUAUCUUCAUCUUCUUUUACUUCUAUGAGUGUAUUGGAAGUUCACAAAUAGGCCUGUAUACUGUGACUGAGUCUAUAUAGGGCUGUUUACUGGGGCUGAGUCUAUAUAGGCCUGUAUACUGGGGCUGAGUCUAUAUAGGCCUGUAUACUGGGGCUGAGUCUAUAUAGGACUGUUUACUGGGGCUGAGUCUGUUUAUAGUAUAUACUGGGGCUGAGUCUAUAUUUGUCUACACUGGGGCUGAGUCUAUAUAUAUAGUAUAUACUGGGGCUGAGUCUAUAUAUAGUAUAUACUGGGGCUGAGUCUAUAUAGGCCUGUAUACUGGGGCUGAGUCUAUAUAGGACUGUUUACUGGGGCUGAGUCUGUUUAUAGUAUAUACUGGGGCUGAGUCUAUAUAUAGUAUAUACUGGGGCUGAGUCUAUAUAUAGUAUAUACUGGGGCUCAUUGUCCCAAAUGGGGCACUAUUCCAUCUAUCUCUCAUAGACUCCAGUAGAAUUGAGUUGUGGAUAUUUUUUAUACCUGAUUAAACUCAGUAGAAGGGCUGGUUUGUAUUGACAUAAAAUGUAUUGUUAUGUCAUGAUCUGGAUGGAACCGGUGUUUUUUAGAAUUUUGUUCUGUUCCGGAACAGUAUAGAUCCCUUUCGUUGACAGUUCUGGUUCUGUUCCUUGAAAUUCCGGUUUUCUUUUCUGUUCCCUGAACUGGUUCCAACCCCUGGUUUAGAAUAUUGUAAAGUAUCCAUUAAUUAAAUAAUAAAUGCUAACAAACUGUAA